CCGCUUUCAAAAUUGCUUGACUUAGACGGCCACUAAAGGUGACUCUUCUCAUAUCUACCCGGUCGUAGGGUAUCUCUCCUUUAUCCUUGCUUCGCUUCACUUCACAAGUCCAAACUUGUAACAACCUUGCACGGCGCGCCGACGUAAUAUCUCAGUCGCAACAGAGAAGUAACUAGGCUUCCACAACGCACGUUCGACUAGCCACCUGGCAUCGCUCAACCCCCCACUCGACUCAUACCGCCUUCAUUCUAACUCCGCGAUAAUUACCUCGCCGCAAUGGCUCAGUACGGCUACGGACAGAGUCCCCCAUACGGCGGCGCCCCACAAAAUCUCCAGUUCUAUCCCUCUUCGUUCUCGAACCAGCCCGUUUCUGGGCACUCAACGCCCUUCCAAGCAAACUAUGGCGCACCGCAGACACAACCGUAUCCUGCACAAUAUGGCGCUGGCUUCUCGGCGCCGGGGGUGAGUGGGCAGAUGGGCGUUGGUGCGUCCGGGUUACGGACAGGGUGGCUAGCAGCGUUUGGCACAGAAGGGUAUGAAGGAGAACCCCCAUUACUGGAAGAGCUGGGUGUUAACUUUGGGCAUAUCAAGAUGAAGACUCUGGCGGUCUUGAAUCCGUUCGGUAGGAUUGACCAGCACAUCAUGGAUGACAGCGAUCUCGCAGGUCCUGUGCUGUUCUUUCUCAUAUUUGGGACAUCAUUGCUGCUCUCUGGCAAGCUCCAUUUUGGAUACAUCUACGGUCUUGCACUAUUAGGCAGCAUCUCCCUCCACAUCAUCCUCUCCCUUAUGUCCCCGCCCCUCACUGCUGCAGAAGCAGCUGCAGCACAAGACCAUCCACAUGCCAACUCGCACUUCUCGUCCUCAUUAACCUUCCCACGGUCUGCUUCGGUCCUGGGUUACUGUCUACUUCCUUUGGUUCUCACAUCCAUCAUUGGAAUCGCCGUGCCCAUGGAUGGUCUGUUUGGGUACCUGCUGACGAGCCUCGCGAUCGUUUGGUGUGCAUAUUCUUCCAGCUCGAUGUUCACGAUUGUUGGUCGCAUGACUUCUAUGAGAGGUCUCGUUGCAUAUCCUAUGGUCCUCUUCUAUGGAAGCUUUGGGAUAAUGGCAAUCUUCAGUUCUCGUGGCACUGGCCAGCUAGCGAAGGUCACUGCAGGCGCUUGAGGGAUUUCGGAAAAAGGCACAAAUGCAUCACCGUUGAACUAUUCAUAGAAUAGAAGACAUCGAAACCAUGAUACUAUGAC